AUGCACGCACGUCUCGGGUACGACCCGGUGGGAGAUGAAUACAAAGUGUUGUGUGUGGUGAUAUUCGAUGGGCACGAACGCGAUACAACAGCAGAGAUAAAACAAGAGCAUCAUGUUUACUCACUAGGAUCUCACUCGGGAUGGAGAGAGGCCCAGAUCACCACCGAAAAGUCUUACACAGAUGUAGAAGGCGGAAUUUGCAUCAAUGGUGCUAUAUACUACGGAGUUGGACCUACAAAGAUAGCUAGAUUCGAUCUUAGAUACGAGAAGGUGACGUUUAUUGAAGCACCCAAAGACUAUUACACUAGUUGGAGUUUGAUAAAUCAUCAAGGAAAACUUGGAGGAAUGCAGUACGAUAAUUACUUGUAUGAGCUACGUGUGUGGAUUCAAGAGAAACAAAAGUUGUGGAAUAAGAUGUCUUGCGUUGCGCCCUGUGAGUGGAGAGAUUUGUAUAAGGAUAAGAGACCAUCUUCUCCGGGAGAGAUUCAUACUGGAGAAGUUAUGUUCGUCUCCGACCGGUUACAAUCGUCUAGGCCUUUCUCUGUGUUCUAUUGCGAUGUGAUCCAGGAGAGCUUCAGAAGUGCGCAAGUCAAAGGAAUCGCCGAUUAUGAGUUUAGACGUACGCAUGGAAUUGGUAUGCAUGAUCUUGAUAUGUUGUGUUUUCCAGGUUACACUGAGAAUAUCAUGUCCUUAUGGCCGUAG